CGCGCAAAAUGUCGGACCAAGAAGAUAUAGAAAUAAAGCAGGAAAACCAGACCAUAGAGGAUACAGAUGAGAAGGACGAAAAGCCCGAUGAUAAAGACAUCACAGACAAGAUCACCUCCUUGAAGAGCUUAGGCCCCUUUAUAGCCAGUAAAGAAAACAGCAGGAAUACGAUCUACCUGAGCGAUGUUCCCGAUAUUUGCAAGGAUAAACCCUGCAUGCUGGGCGUGGACGAGGCGGGGCGAGGUCCUGUGCUGGGACCCAUGGUGUACGGCAUCUCCUACUGCCCGCUGGACAGCAAGAAGGCUCUCGAGGACCUGGGAUGCGCCGACUCCAAGCAGCUGACCGAGGAGAAGCGGGAUGUGAUCUUCAACGACAUCAACACCAAGGAUUACGCCACCAGCUGCGUGGGCUGGGCCGUGGAGAUCAUAUCGCCGAACACCAUCAGCACCAGCAUGUACCGAAGGUCGAAGUGCUCCCUCAACGAGGUCUCCAUGGACUCGGCAAUGGGCCUCAUCCAACGGGCCAUCGAUGCGGGUGUCAACAUAGCCGAGGUCUAUGUGGACACGGUGGGGCCGCCGGAGAAGUACCAGGAGAAGCUGCUCAAGCGCUUCCCCAGCUUCAAGAUCACCGUGGCCAAGAAGGCCGACUCCACCUAUCCGAUUGUCUCGGCGGCGAGUAUUUGCGCCAAGGUUACCCGCGAUCACGCCCUGAAAGUCUGGCGGUUUCCCGAGGGCGUGGUCAUCAAGGACAACGCCUUCGGCAGCGGCUAUCCGGGUGAUCCCGUGACCAAGCGCUUCCUGGCCGAGCACAUCGACCUGGUCUUUGGAUUUCCCCGCCUCGUGCGCUUCAGCUGGUCGACGGCGGAAAACGCCCUGGCCGACAAGGCCUACGACAUGGAGUUCGACGAGCCGGACUCCGAGAAGCCCAAAUAUGCCGGAACGAAGCUCACCAAGUUCUUCAAGGGCACCACCAAAUCCGGCGAGGUUAUUCGCGAAGAGUGCCGGUUCUUCAAGCAACGGCACCUCGGAAAUGUCAUGGAGUUCUAGGAUUAAGUUGGAAAUUAUAUUAUAAUUUAGAUGUCAAGAUCAGGGUUCGGAAAUUAACACACACUGUAAAAAACUUAUGUUAUUAACAUG